CAUGUAUAGCCUUCUUUCUUGGUCACUGGUGCGCAUUUACGCACAGUGACAGGAUGAGCCUCUGGAUGUCCCUGCGCGGUCUCUUGACCUCUCUCUGCCUCUCUCUGCUUUUAAACUGUCCGGGCACAGUGUCGACUUUUGAAGUGACACUGCUUCACACCAACGACAACCAUGCACGGAUCGAGGAGACCAGCGUGGACUCGGGAAAGUGUUCAUCCAGCGGUCCUUGCUUCGCUGGGGUCGCCAGGCGGUUCACUAAAGUGUCGGAGAUCCGACGAAAGGAGAAGAACGUGUUGUUUCUGGAUGCAGGAGACCAGUUUCAAGGAACUGUCUGGUUCAACUACUACAAAGGCGCCGAAGCUGCACACUUCAUGAACAAUCUUGGAUAUGAUGUUAUGGCUUUUGGGAACCAUGAGUUUGACAACGGGGUGGAGGGUCUUAUCCAGCCCUUCCUCCAGAAUGUAAAUUGCUCUGUGGUGAGUGCCAACAUAAAGGCUGACCAGACUCUGGCCGCAAAGCUCAGUGGCUACUACAAGCCUUACACAAUCCUAAACGUGGGCUCAGAGAAAGUGGCUGUGGUGGGCUACACCACUAAAGAAACCCCUUCCUUAUCUAUGCCAGGCCAACACCUAAAGUUUGAGGAUGAGGUGGCAACACUUCAGGUUCAGGUUGCAAAACUGGAAACUAUGGGCUACAAUAAGAUCAUAGCCUUGGGACACUCUGGUUUUGACGUGGAUCAAGACAUCGCCAAGCGUGUGAGAGGGGUUGAUGUUGUUAUCGGAGGACACACCAACACAUUCCUCUAUACUGGAAAUCCCCCAUCCACUGAAGUGCCAGAAGGUCCAUAUCCUUUCAUGGUGAGGUCUAACGAUGGGAGAGACGUGCCGGUGGUCCAGGCUUAUGCUUUUGGGAAAUAUCUUGGAUACCUGAAGGUUACCUUUGAUGACGCUGGAAAUGUGAAAAAGGCUGUUGGAAACCCCAUCCUAAUGGACAACAGCAUACCUCAAGAUCCGGGUUUCCUUGCUGACAUUGAGAACUGGAAGAAAGACCUGGCUCAGUACUCCUCACAGUAUGUCGGACAAACCUUAGUAUACCUCAAUGGGACGUUUGAAGAGUGCCGAUUUCGAGAGUGUAACCUUGGAAACCUGAUCUGUGACGCUAUGAUUUAUUACAAUCUAAAGGAAUCAGGUGAUCUGCCGUGGAAUCACGUGGGCAUAUGUAUGCUGAACAGCGGUGCCAUACGGACAGCUAUAGAUGAGCGCUACAAAAACGGUUCCAUAACUAUGGAGGAGAUCCUUACCGUCUUACCGUUUGGAGGAACCUUUGACUUGGUCCAGUUAAAAGGAUCAACAGUGAAAAAGGCUUUUGAACACUCCAUUCACAGAUAUGGAUCCAUGUCUGGAGAAUUUCUUCAAGUGUCAGGCAUUCACGUAGAGUAUGACCUCUCCAAACCAGUGGACCAGCGUGUAGUGUCUUUGUCCAUGCUCUGCACUGACUGCCGUGUGCCCAAGUACGAACCAUUAGACCCGGAGAAGACGUACACCGUGGUCAUGCCUUCAUACAUAGUGGGCGGAGGUGAUGGCUAUGCCAUGAUUAAAGAGGAGUUACUCAAGCAUAACACAGGUGAUAUGGAUAUUGCAGUCUUAUCCAAAUACAUCUCGGAUAUGAAGCGUGUGUACCCGGCAGUGGAAGGUCGGAUCACGUUCAGGAACUCAGCUGUCUUCACAGCCCACAGCCUUGUUUUGUUGCUGCUGGGUUUAUGUCUGUCCCUGAUCCUCUGAUUAGCUUUGUACACUUUAAGGGAAACUGUGAUAAACUAGAAGGCAAGUUUGGCAGCUUGGGAACUCCUGUGGGAGUUGGUUAAUUGCCUUUUCAUCUCACUGGCUUCAAGGAUAACUAGAUAGUAACAUGGAUUGCAGGUUCAGCCUCGGGGUAGAUUCAAUAUCCAUGCAUGGACUUAUUUUAUCCCACCAAAUAGACAGUGGUUUAAACAGCUGAAUAUAAGGUCUGGGAACAACACAAGCUCUGUAUAAUAAAAUUUUACUCAAGAAGACAGUAAAUAUGUAUUUAAAAUUACCAAUGUUGUUUACCUAAAAGUGCAUGUAAGUCAUUUUUAGUAUGAAUGUGUUUUCUUCUUGAGAAUCCAAAUGAAUGUAUGUAAAGAAUAUUAUUAAAUCAAAUCUAGGACGAUGCUUUAAACUUCGUCUCUGAAUAGCAAUGGAUGGAAACAAGCCAAAAUGUAUUUCUGCACCCGAAUGUGCCUAUACACAGUUUGACUGUAGUUUUGUUUGUCUUCAACCUUAAAGUCCACUUCCAGCACAUAUUCAGAUACACGACAAAAUGUUUAGUUAAGAAUUGCAUUGCUCUGUUUCACUUAGGCAUGAAUAUAUUGCUACAGAAAUAAAUCUGUAAAUACGCCAUCGUUUUCUGUUGUUGUUCUCUUGACCUUCACCUUUCUGAGCCUCCGCCUAAAUGUUUUAGUUGGCAUCUUCAUCUACGCAUAGAAAAAGCACCCUGAGAUGAUAAAACACAGAUCUUCUGUAAGAUCUUACUGCUGUUUUUGUCAUCACAUCUGCUUGCUCCAAGAGAUUUCUGUAGACAUUAAAAAAAAAGACAUAUUUUUACCCUUUUAUCUAUUUUAUUUUUGUUGUAUCUGUUUUGCUGGGCUCUAUUCAUUGUUGUCUAUGUCUGAUUAAUUUUUGCUCUGUGAAGCACUUUGGGCUGCAUGAAACGUGCUUUACAAGUAAAUAAAGUUUGGAAUUGAAAAUCUCAAUGAACAUUGUGACACACUCCUUCUUUUUGCACUGCUAUUCAUUUAAUCUCUGUUGACCUGUUUUGAAAUUAGUAGUUUGAAUUGUGCUAAAUUCUGUUUUUUUUUU